UGUUAUCGUUACGUCGAGCAAUUAAUUAUUCUUCAAACGUUAAAAAUUCCUGUAAAGUUACUACAUUAAAAUGGUAUUAGAAAAAUCGUACAUUGACAAUAUUUUUAAGAAAAUCUUAAAAACAACGCAUUUGGAACAUUACGACUUUAUUACUGAAGAGCACAAGCCCAAAGAGACAAAGUAUGAAGGUGAGAAAUAUUUUGUUACAGUCAAGAGUAGUGUAAACAGUGAUAAACUCUGCUUAUUUAUUAAACGUGCAUUAGUUGACAGUGAAAUUAGAAAACUGUUACCAAUACGUGAAUUUUUUAUUAAUGAAAACUAUUUUUAUGAACAUGUUUGGGCAAGUUUAGAGCACUUUCAAGAAAGUUAUGGAGGGAAAUUUGUAUUUCAUAAAAUACCAAAGUGUUAUUUGACGAAUUCGAAACAAAAUUCGGAAACGAUUGUAUUGGAGAAAUUGACUCAUUUUAGGGCUAAUGAUCUUACAGAACUUUUUACUAGAGAACAACUAUUGCUAGUUUUCCAAGAAUAUGGAAGAUUUCAUGCACUUUCCUUUGCGUACAAAGAAAAACAUCCCCAAGAAUAUCAAAGGUUAGUGAGUCAAAUUAGAGACAAUUAUAAACACUAUAAAGAUAUUAAAAUGUACGUAGAAGCUAUGAACUACUCUCACAAGAUAUGUGUCAGUUAUUUAGAUGACAAAAUUGCCAGUGAUAUUAAACAUUAUAGCCAAUAUGCCACAAAUGCAAUGGAGAUUUAUAUAGAGAGUAGUCAAUAUAAAGGAAAUAAAUCUGUGGUAACGCAUGGCGACGGUUGGAUUUCAAAUUAUAUGUUUCACUAUGACACAACUGGAAAGCCGUUGGACCUUAGAUUUGUUGACUUCCAAUUAUCACGCAUAGGCACACCUGUCUACGAUUUAUCUAGUAGUUUAUAUGCUUGCUCUUCUCCAGACCUUUUUUCAGAUUUCAAUAGGUUACUCGAAGUUUAUUAUAGCAGCCUGUCACAAUCACUAAGAGGUAUGGACUGUGACCCUGACAAAAUAUACAGCUUUGAAGAUUUAACACGUGAUUGGAAAACGUAUUCAAAAUUUGGAUUUUCGUAUGCAGUGUUUGCAAUCACAAAAUCUCUAGUCGAAGAUGAGAGCGACAUUGAUGACAGUUUAAACACAUGGAACAAUAAUAUGACUAAAAACAUGGAAGAACAAACUGUUGAUGUAGUGAAUGUAAAAUCUAGAUUAACAUUAUUAUUACGUCAUAUGGUAAUAAAUGGUUUUCUGUAAAGUUAAUAAUAAUAUAUAUUUUUGUGUUCUGGUUUCUCCUUCAUUUAAACUGAAUCAAAAAAAGCUAUGAGGUUUAUUAGCGGCGAAUAUACAGGAUGUGGUUAUGUUAAAAAACUGAAAAUUUGAAGGUGUAGAUAUUGGAUGAUCCUGAGUUAAAAUAUUAUGCUGUCCUAAAUGUGGCACCUCCGAUUAUAUUGGAAGUAGAUGUGAACUUUGUUCUGUUAAAUAGAAACUAAUAAUUUUUAUUUUCUUCUCGAAUUCUACAUCAAAUUUUAGAUGAUAAGAUUUGUACAUAUUGAGGGCUAUGAUGUAUCAUUUAUGUGAAAUACUUACAUGAUGUAAACUCCGAUUUUAACACAUUUAUGUAAAAAAUUUCAAAUCGGUAAGAUGUAAGAACUACGUAUAAUGGGUUGCCUACCUUGAUAUGUAAUGUCAAUCUUAUAGAGAUGUAAUUUUUAAACUGCCUAAAAUUACGUGCCGCUCUUAGUUAGGUUAUGUUAAUGUAUGUUAUUUGUGAAAACAAUACUUACUAUUUUUUAUAAUUAUAAUAAAAUAGACUAAUGGCUUAAAUUAAAAAGAAAACAACCAUGAAAAAAUUGGAAGUGAUGGACUUCAUAAAAAUAAACAGUGCUUACUGACAAAAUAGCCAAGGAAGGCUAAAAAAGUAGCCUACUUGUGACAGGAAUUUGCUAUUAUGGUAAAUACAGUAGAUGGUGGCCCUAAAACCAGGAAAAAAUGGAGGCCAAGAAAACUAAUUUCUGUUACUAUCAAAUUUAUUAAAUACUAAAUUUUUAGGUGUUCAAUGAGUGGAAGAUUUUACAACUAAAAGAUUCAUCUUGGAGAGCCCCAGAUUAUAAAUACAUUUGAUUUUAAAGGCAAAGAUUAUUGAUUGAUGUAUGAUGCUUAUUAUAGUUUAUAUAUUUUUCAGAAGGAAAAGGAAAUCAACAUGUGAAAAUAAAAGACAACACUUUUAUUUAACAUUCUGUUAACAUACCUUUUAUAAAAUUAAAUCUAAAUUAUGGAGUAAACUGAAUAUAACCAUUUUUAUUUAACAAUUUUAUAACUCAAAUUUUUUAGCAAAACAUUUCGUAUUCUAAGGGUUUUAAAAAUUUUUGACCCACUUUGUAAUAUUUUUCAGAUUUUUUGUUUUGUCUCGAC